AAACAUCUCCCGGACCAACGCUACUUCGUUAGCUGUCAAACUUGAAAAAACACAAGUGUCAUUUCUAGGACAUAGAACCAAUUUGAAGUAUACGUUCCUGUAGUAGAAACGUUGGGUGGGGUUUGACAUGUGUUGUGUGUGAGUCGCUAGCCUAGAAAAGUCUGAGGCUUUUUGAUAGACUGUUGUCGGUCGACCGUGGUGAAGUAGCCUGUAGCCUGCUAUCUCUGUGUUACUGUAUAUUUCAUCUUAUUGCCAACCGAUGUCUCGCUUGCUACAGUUUGCUGCUAGCGAUAUAAGUUGGCUGACUUGCAGUGCUGACUGAGCCUACAUAAAGCCCGCAGAGAGGCGAUCCGGGGACCGUGCAGUGUAGGGCACUGGGGUUGUUUUUUCAGCUGACACACAGCUGAAUACGGGCGUUGGGUGAAUAGAUGUAUUUUCGCCUCAUCAUCACUGUCAUUGCAUCUGUUGAAUGUGUCUGGCAUGACCAUCCUUUUUUGACAGCUGAUCAAACUAACACAUAGAUGUUUGCGUCACAGAGUCUUCCUUUCAAUAACUGUCAUUUAUUGCACUUCUUGACAGACAUGUCAUUAAAUACAAUAUUCUCUGGGUAGUCUAGCUUAAGCAAUACUUUUAAAUGAAAUGAAGUCCAGCCCAUCACCAUUGCUGUCCUUAGAGUGACACGCUGUGUCACAGUGUUGGCCAGUAGAGCAGGGCCAUUCAGUUCCAGGGCCCAAACCCCUGUGGUUGUCAUCCUUCCCUGCUAAUCAGGUGACUGACUCAGACCUGGCACCCAAGGUGACUGGACUCUGCCCGAUCAGUGACAUGAAUGAACUUGUAGAGAUGAAAUGAACUCCAAGUAGAGAAGAGUCCCUCCAGACCUGGAGUUGAAUAACCUGUCUAUUGGUUUCCCUGUGUCCUAUUCACCGUGGCCCGCUGUUGUCGCCUCACAGUGCCAAAGUAUCAUCGCUAUUCAGAAUGCCACAGACCAACAAGUCCAGAAGUACCUCGGCCAGUGGCUCUAGUACCGGACCGGACCGAGGGGAGGAAAGAGAAGAAGAAAGAGAGGAAGCUGAGCCAGGGCCAAAGGUCCAAGUCCAGGAAGCAGGGGAUGGAGGAGGAGAGAACACUGGAGACCCAGAGAUCAUCAAGUCCCCUAGUGACCCCAAACAGUACAGGUACAUUGAGCUGACCAAUGGGCUUCAAGUUACGCUAAUUUCUGAUUACACUGGUCCCGCCUCCUCUGGAGAUGACGAAUCAGAGGAGGAGGAGGAACUGGGGGAGGAGGAAGAGGAGGAAGAAGACUCAGGAGAGGGAACAGAGGAAGAGUCUGAAGAAGAUGAAGAUGACAAGGACAGUGACUUUGAGGAUGACGAGGAUGGAGGGAAGAGGAAGAAGGGACACUCAGAGAAACAGUCUGCAGCAGCGCUGUGUGUGGGUAUUGGCAGCUUCAGUGACCCUAAUGACCUCCCAGGCUUUGCCCAUUUCCUGGAACACAUGGUGUUCAUGGGCAGUGAGAAGUACCCAUCAGAGAAUGGUUUCGAUGCCUUCCUGAAGAAACAUGGGGGCAGUGACAACGCCUCCACGGACUGUGAGAGAACCGUCUUCCAGUUUGACGUCCAGAGAAAGAAAUUCAGAGAGGCUCUGGACAGAUGGGCCCAGUUCUUCAUCUGUCCUCUGAUGAUCCGAGACGCCAUCGACAGGGAGGUGGAAGCUGUCGACUCUGAGUACCAACUGGCCAAGCCGUCUGACUCUCACAGGAAAGAGAUGUUGUUUGGGAGUCUAGCGAAGCCAGGUCACCCCAUGGGCAAGUUCUGCUGGGGUAACGCCCAGACUCUGAAGACAGAGCCCAGGAAAAAGAGGAUCAAUGUUUACAAGAGGCUCCGCUCCUUCUGGAAGAGACAUUACUCUGCCCACUACAUGACCCUGGCUGUGCAGUCUAAAGAGAAGCUGGACACUCUAGAGGAGUGGGUGAAGGAGAUCUUCAGUGGAGUGCCCAACAAUGCUCAGCCCAAGCCGGACUUCUCUGAACUGCUGGAUCCCUUUGAUACUCCAGCCUUCAACAAGCUGUACAGAGUUGUUCCUGUGAGGAAGGUCCAUGCCCUGACCAUCACCUGGUCCCUGCCUCCUCAGGAGAAACACUACAGGGUGAAGCCUCUCCACUACAUCUCUUGGCUGAUUGGUCACGAGGGCACAGGCAGCAUCCUAUCAAUUCUCAGGAGGAAGUGCUGGGCCAUGGCUCUGUUUGGAGGGAACAGUGAAACAGGCUUUGACCAGAACUCUACCUACUCCAUCUUCUCCAUCUCCAUCACACUCACUGACCAAGGAUUCCAGAACUUCUACCAGGUGGCUCACCUGGUCUUCCAGUACCUCAAGAUGAUGCAGAGCCUGGGCCCCCAACAACGGAUCUAUGAGGAGAUUCAAAAGAUUGAAGACAACGAGUUUCACUACCAGGAACAGACGGACCCUAUAGAGUAUGUGGAGGAUAUCUGUGAGAACAUGCAGCUGUUUCCUAAAGAACACUUCCUCACUGGAGACCAGCUCAUGUUCCAGUACUCACCUGAGGUGAUCAGUGCGGCCCUGUCCUUGCUGACUCCAGACAGAUCCAACCUGUUGCUGCUCUCUCCAGACCACGAAGGCCACUGUCCCCUCAGGGAGAAAUGGUUUGGGACACACUACAGCGUAGAGGAUAUCCAACAGGAGUGGAGAGAGCGCUGGAACGGAGACUUUGAGCAUAGCUCUGACCUGCACCUCCCUGUCGAGAACAAGUUCAUCGCGACUGAUUUCAGCCUGAAGCUGUCUGACUGUCCUGAUACUGAGCUGCCAGUCAGAGUAACUGCCAACGACCGAGGAUGCCUCUGGUACAAGAAGGACAACAAGUUCAACAUACCCAAAGCGUACAUCCGCUUCCAUCUCAUCUCUCCGGUCAUCCAGCAGUCAGCCAAGAACCUGGUGUUAUUUGACCUGCUAGUGAACAUACUGGGUCAUAACCUAGCAGAGCCAGCCUACGAGGCUGACGUGGCCCAGCUGGACUACAAGCUGUCAGUAGGAGAACAUGGACUGGUUAUCAAGGUCAAGGGCUUCAACCACAAACUGCCUCUCCUGUUCCAUCUGAUCCUGGACCAUCUGGCUGACUUCUCUGCCUGUCAAGAUGUCUUCAAUAUGUUCUCUGAGCAGCUCAAAAAGGCCUACUUCAACAUCCUCAUACGACCUGAGAAACUGGGCAAGGAUGUGCGGUUGUUGGUCCUGGAGCAUGGUCGCUGGUCCAUGGUAGAGAAGUACCAGGCGCUGGCAGACGGUGGUCUGACUGUAGAACAACUGAUGGAGUUCAGCAGAACCUUCAAGACCCAGCUCUAUGCAGAGGGACUGGUGCAGGGGAACUUCACUAGCCAGGAGUCAAUCCAGUUCCUGCAGUACGUCACUGAUAAGCUGCAGUUCUCCAAGCUGCCAGCAGAGGUCCCAGUGUUAUUUAGAGUGGUGGAGCUGCCUCUGAAACAGCACGUCUGUAAGGUCAAAGCACUGAACAAGGGAGACGCCAACUCAGAGGUCACAGUCUACUACCAGUCUGGCCUGAAAAACCUCAGAGAACACACACUGAUGGAGCUGCUGGUGAUGCACAUGGAGGAGCCCUGCUUUGACUUCCUCAGGACAAAAGAGACUCUGGGGUAUCAUGUUUAUCCAACCUGCAGAAACACAUCUGGAGUCCUGGGCUUCUCUGUCACGGUGGAAACACAGGCCACCAAGUUCAAUACUGAGCUGGUAGAGUUGAAGAUAGAGGAGUUUCUGUCUUCCUUUGGAGAGAAGUUGAGUGCCCUGACUGAGGGUGCCUUCAACACACAGGUGACUGCGCUGGUCAAGCUAAAGGAGUGUGAGGACACACACCUGGGAGAGGAGGUGGACAGGAACUGGGCCGAGGUCGUUACACAGCAGUAUGUCUUCAACAGGCUUCACAGAGAGAUUGAGGCCCUGAAGCAGAUGACGAGAGCAGAGCUGGGAUCCUGGUAUCUGGAGCACCGCGGACACAACUGCAGAAAACUCAGUGUACAUGUGGUGGGUUUUGGGCCGGAGGAGGGCGACCCCCCAGGAGAUGACGAGCAGAGUCGUCAUGGCAACGGAGAGAGGGAUGAGGAAGAGUGCGGCAGUUCGUCCUACGGAGAAGUGUCCAAACUGACCUUCCUCCCCGCCUCGCCCAAGAUGGCCGCCGCUACAUCCAUCAUGGACAUUCCUUCAUUUACCCAGAGCCUUACCCUCUUCCCAUACCACAAGAUCAUCCAAUAGACUACCAAUAUCUAUUUUCUCAAUAUUUCUUUCAAACUCUCUCUCCUUCAUUGCCUGACCAUAACAUCAUCUAAUAAAGUUAAUGAGAUACACUA